ACCAUGGCGGAGCCAGACCAAGAGCCAACUUCCUCUGUAGCUGGUCAGCGGCUCGGAGCCCCGGAGACUCUUGGCAUCAGUACGCUGGACCCCACGCACAGGCCUCCAGCCAUGCCGCCUGGACGACGCGUCACCGUCAGGGUGCGCAUGUUGGACGACUCCGAGGAGCUUUUCGACGUCUCGCAAAAAGCCUCGGGCAAGGUGCUCUUUGACUUGGUGUGCUCUCACAUGAAUCUUAUUGAAGGCGAUUACUUCGGCUUGGAGUUUCAGAACCACCAAAAGAUGAUGGUGUGGUUGGACCAUGUCAAACCCAUUAUCAAGCAGCUCAGACGCCCAAAACACACAAUCCUGAGGUUCAGCGUGAAGUUUUUUCCCCCAGAUCAUGCUCAGCUGCAGGAGGAGCUGACGAGAUACCUGUUUGCUCUCCAAAUCAGACAGGAUCUUUCCUGUGGCCAUCUGAUCUGCAAUGACACCAGCGCAGCCCUGAUGGUCUCCCACAUCAUCCAAGCUGAGAUCGGCGACUUUGAGGAGAGCCACUGCAGGUCACAUCUCCUCAACAACAACUACAUUCCAGACCAGAUGCCCCUUAUCGACAAGAUCAUGGAGUUUCACUCAAAGCAUAUAGGUCAUUCACCAGCAGAAUCAGAUUUUCAGUUAUUAGAAGUGGCUCGCAAGCUGGAAAUGUACGGGAUUCGACUCCACCCUGCCAAGGAUCGCGAAGGCACGAGUUUAAGUCUGGCCGUGGCUCACACAGGUGUCCUGGUCCUGCAGGGAUACACAAGGAUAAACGCCUUCAACUGGUCUAAAAUUCGCAAACUGAGCUUUAAGCGAAAACGUUUCCUCAUCAAGCUGAGGCCAGAUGUAAAUAGCUCAUAUCAGGACACUUUAGAGUUUCUGAUGUCCAGCAGGGACUGCUGUAAAGUCUUCUGGAAGAUCUGUGUUGAAUUUCACGCCUUCUUCCGCCUCUUUGAAGAACCUAAACCCAAACCCAAGCCGAUGCUGUUCACACGAGGCUCCUCCUUCAGAUUUAGCGGUCGCACUCAGAAGCAGGUGAUUGAUUACGUGAGGAAGUCCGAGUUCAAGAAGAUGCCAUUUGAGAGGAAACACAGUCGGGUCCAGUACAACACCCGGGUUCAACACAACAGUCGCUUGUCACCAUUGCCUUCUCCACACCAUUAUGAAGUGCCAACAGAAAGUGGUGCUCCCGGGAACAGACUCAGCUCGUCUCCUCGCCGUCACUGGAAGGAGUCGGUGCUGGUGAGUGCCGAAGACCCAUCAGCUUUGCGGACGACGAGGAUGAGCCCUUCCCACCAGAGAAAUGGUCAGGAGGACAGAAAAGGAUCCAUGUCCAAUACAGAGGAGAGGAGAGGCUCAACGCGACAAACUCACCAAGAUCAUCUAAGCCAAGGUCCAGCAUCUUGUGCUGCUUCAGACGGCCGCCCCGCCAUCAGUGGUGGAGAGUCCAACAGUCCUCACCUGUCUGUCUCUUCUGGACACCCCCACGGGAUGGUGAACGGCCAGAAGUCACUGGACCUGUGCGGCCACAGCUUCGAUGGCCGACAGCCUUCCCCGCUCACCAGCCCGCUGCUCAACGAUGCCUGCAGUGUUCGCACGGACGAUGAAGAUGAGGUCCGGAGGAAGAGGUUUCCCACAGAUCGAGCCUACUUCAUCGCCAAAGAGCUGCUGACCACAGAGAGGACAUAUGUGAAGGACCUGGAGGUGGUGACUGUGUCUUUCCAGAGGGUUGUGGGUGAAGACGAGGCGACUCCAGAAUCCCUGAAGGACACCGUCCUCUCCACCUUUGAGCCUCUGCACAAGUUCCACACGGGUUUUCUCAGGGAGGUGGAGCAGAGGCUGGCCCUGUGGGAAGGACGCUCUAACGCACACAUUAAAGGAGACUACCAACGCAUCGGAGACGUCAUGCUGAAAAACCUUCAAGCCUUGAAGCCUCUGACAACAAACCUGCACAAGCAGGCCGACAUCCUGGUGGAGGUGGAAAAGGCUUGCAGGGCGUCCUGCAGGUUGGAGAGUCUGUGCAGGGAGUUCGAGCUGCAGAAGGUCUGCUACAUCCCGCUCAACGUCUUCGUCCUGCGGCCUCUUCAUCGCCUCCUUCACUACAAGCAGAUCCUGGAGCGCCUGUGCAAACACUACCUGGCCACCCAUGUGGACUUCAGGGACUGCAGAGCUGCUCUGGCAGAUGUGACUGAGGUGGUGGAACAGCUCCAGGGGAGUCUAAUGAAGAUGGAGAACUUCCAGAAACUUCUGGAGCUGAAGAAGGAUUUGCUCGGCGUUGACAAUCUCGUUGUUCCUGGUCGGGAGUUCAUCAGGUUAGGCUGCCUUAGCAAGCUGUCUGGAAAAGGCCUACAGCAACGAAUGUUUUUCCUGUUUAACGACGUCAUUUUGUACUCGAGUCGAGGGAUGACGCCAACCAAUCAGUUCAAAGUGCACGGGCAGCUGCCGCUCCGUGGGAUGACAAUCAGAGAGAGUGAGGAUGAGUGGGGUGUGCCUCACGCCUUCACACUGGUUGGACAGGGGCAGUCGGUGGUGGUUGCAGCGAGUUCUCUGACAGAAAUGGAGAAGUGGAUGGAGGACAUCAAGAUGGCCAUAGAAAUGGCAACAACCAGCAACGGACUUUCAUCUGAGCUGCUGACCUGCAACCUGACAGACAGCAAAUGCUCAGAAGACUCCUCAGCCGAGGCAGAGUCUGAGGACGACGCACCGGCUGUGAGCACGUUGCCGGAGAGGCCUGCCGCUCACCGUGGUAACACCAUGGUGCACGUGUGCUGGCACAGGAACACCAGCGUGUCCAUGGUGGACUUUAGCGUAGCUGUGGAGAAUCAGCUGUCGGGAAACCUGCUGAGGAAGUUCAAGAACAGCAACGGCUGGCAGAAGCUCUGGGUGGUCUUCACCAACUUCAGUCUGUUUUUCUACAAGUCCCACCAGGAUGAUUAUCCGUUGGCCAGCCUCCCGCUGCUGGGUUACUCAGUCACCAUCCCCUCCGACAGUGAAAACGUCCACAAGGACUACGUCUUCAAACUGCAUUUCAAGUCCCACGUGUACUAUUUCAGAUCAGAGAGUGAAUACUCUUUUGAACGGUGGAUGGAGGUCAUCCGCAGCGCUACGGUCCCCUCGAGUCAUUCUCGUGUCCUGAACAGCAAAGACCCUCACUGAGUCACCUCGUCAUCUCCUUAUGGGUGGAAUCUGCCCGUCCUGCUCUCCUUCCCACAGACUUGUUUGUUUUGUGCUUUUUUUAAAUUCUACUCGCGUCUGGGACAUUUAUCCAUGCGUCCAUGCACAGUUGGUGCUUUUUGAUGCUUUAAUGGUGACACGUCCGCUGGUUUAGACUGCAUCAGAGACUUGCGUUUUUACUCUCAACUCAGAAACCUCUUUUUGCAGAAGUCAUUUUAUACUGUUUUCUAACCUGGACCACUUCCUAUCUUUUCCCCCUUUUACAUUUUGUCACGGGCGGUUUUUACAGCAGGAACACGCUGAUAUAAAUGAUUUCUUAGACGGUUAAAUUCUCACAGCAUUUCUUUCUUUGCUUCAACUUGUCAAUUUUAACAGGAAACAGCUGAAAAAAGAGGGAGAAUACACCCAGCAACUUCAGUGCCAAAAUCAGUUUAUAUCAACGUCUGGGACUUUUUAAAGGUGUUUUUGUUACAGUGGGGUGUGGGAUAAUUCUCUGUGUCCUGUUAGGUUUUAAAUCACAGUAAAAGCUUGGUUCAUGACUGGUUCUGCACAAUAUGACUGUGUAAAAAAAAGAGGAACAUAAGAAAAUAUUUUACUACCAGAGGUAGCUGCCAUCAUCACUAAUGCUGUCUUCAGAAACUAAAUCUUCUAUUUGAUACCAUUGUUUUAUGAACACUCUGUGUUUUUUUUAUUCAGAAGUUACCAUCCAGCUGUACGAGAAAUUAUUAUGAAGGAAUGCAUAAUUGAAAGCUUUAAAGAUUGUGUGUGAAAUAAAAAUAGAAACUUUCAGCUCCAAAUAUGAUUUUCCUUCACUGACUGAAGCUGCCACUUUAUCUUUUUAUGGGUUUGAAUGAAUGGAAAUGUGCAUUUGACACAGUUUUGCAGUGAAGUGUUAUCAG